AUGUCGUCAAAAGUAGGCUCCAUGCUCAAGACCGCAGUCUACGCACUAUGGUCCUUCCAGUGGGGUUUCUUCACGGCAACUUUCUGCAUCUAUCAUGAACUCAGCAUCCCGAACCCCUUUCACGCGGUCCUGACAACAGUCUUGACCUUGCCUAUCCCCCUAUCACUCGAACUUUUUCUCCUCUACACUACAGCUUCUCGCUUUAGUUGUCUGGAUCUCCACACCAGAAAGUUCAACACGUUCUUCUAUAAGACGCGGGACUGGGCUAUGAUCCUCCCCAUCUUCAGCAUCCUUUGGUUCCUAUGUGUUUUGUGGUGGGGCCUCUUGGCUACGAUGGACAUGUAUUCUUACGGACCCGUGGCCAAGACCGUCGAAUUUCUCUGUCUCUCCUUCAAGCCCAUCGGCUAUACCGUUUACAUAGGGGGCGUGCUUCUGUAUAUCCCGCUGCCCUUUUGGGUCAUCGUCACUGGCACUGGGGCGUGCAGACGGGUACGGAACCUGAAGAGUCCUGAGGAGGAGGAAGCGACCAACUUGACCACCAAAAAUGACGACGAGGAGUGGAACGCUUUCCAGGACAAUCGUGGUAUCUGAGCUGGUAUUACUUUCAAGAAAACUGAUAGUCCUUGAUAAAACUGUGGGUACUCCGAGACCUUAUACAUAAAAGACUUCAUAAUCAUAUACCAUCCUUUCCUCGUAUUCUCCAGGAUUCCUUCCAUGUUAUUAUCCAACCAAUCUUUCCCAUGAAACCCCGUUGAGCCGUUAUCGUGUCACAGACACUGAUGCAAUGUAGUAUCCCAUGGUUCGACACACCGAUCCAGC